AUGUCCAAACAACUAGUCCGAAAUGUUCUCCUCCAAACAAGCAAGAGAAGUUUUCAUACCAGUGCUCAAUUAAAGAAGGAUUACAUCUUGGGAGUUUAUAAAGAUGGAAGUUUUUCUCCAUCAGCCUAUAAUUUAUUAUCGGAACAAUUCUUGUCAUCACCAUUCUUUACAAAGAAGGAUUGGAAGGAAGGAAAGAUUUCUCUGAUUGAUUGUGGAAUGUUUUUUGAUGGAAAUAAGUGUAGUAUUGCAAAGAAUGAAAUUACUACUGAUGAUAGAAUAGUUUUUGUUGGUUUGGGAGAAAAGGAUGUUUCUACAAAGAAAAUUUCAUACAAGAAGAAGUUGUUUAAGGAACAAUUUGGUCAACAUGAAAUUGUUGAUAUUAAUCAACCAAGUGUUAGAGAUUUGGCCCAAAAAGCUGUUCAAGCCUUGUUGUCUGAUGUUAAAAAACCAAAGGAAGAAAAAUCUGAAAAGUCUGAAGAAGAGGAAAAUGAUUCUACUCUUGAAGUUUUCAUUGAUGAUUUGACUAAUGGUCAAGAAGCAGUUGAAGGAUUAAAACUUGGAAGUUGGAAGUUUAUUAAAUUGUCAAAGAAAACUGCCAGUAAGACACUCAAUCAAUUAUCUGAAGGAAAGGUUAAUGUUUCUUCUAAUAUUGAAAAGGAAGUUAUUGAUAGAGCUAUUAUUUAUUCUGAUGCUCAAAACUUUUCAGCAUACUUGUCUGAAUUACCUGCCAACUAUCUCACUCCAAAGUUGUUCUGUAAAACAGUAACUGAAAAAUUCCAAACUGAAUUGGGUGAUUUACUCUCAAAGGAAAAUUCACCAUUAACCAUCAAGGAACACGACAAGAAAUGGUGUGAAGAAAUGAAGAUGGGAUCUUUCUUGGGUGUUUCUCAAGGAUCUGCUGAGGAGCCAAGAGUGUUAGAAAUUACAUUCAUGAAUAAUCCAAAAGAUAACACCAACUUUGAUAUUAUCUAUGUCGGUAAGGGUAUCACUUUUGAUUCUGGUGGUAUUUCAAUUAAACCAGCUGCAGGAAUGAAAGAUAUGAAGGGAGACAUGUCAGGUGCUGGAUCUGUUAUGGCAACCAUGUUGGCUGUUUGUAAAUUGAAUCUUCCUGUCAAUAUCAAGUGUAUUGCCAUGUUGUGUGAAAAUAUGCCAUCCUCCACUGCCUAUAAACCAGGUGAUGUCAUUACAGCAAGAAAUGGUAAAACCAUUGAAGUUGAUAACACUGACGCUGAAGGUAGAUUGGCUCUUGCUGAUGGUUUGUGUUAUGCUUCAGAAUUCAAACCAAAUCAUUUGAUUGAUGUUGCCACUCUUACAGGUGCUUGUGUUGUUGCUUUGGGAACCAAAUUGACUGGUUGUUAUACCUCAACUAAUGACAUGUGGAAGAGAUUUGAAAAGUCAGGUAUUAACACAAAGGAUUAUAUGUGGAGAAUGCCAUUCAUGCCAACUGAAUAUGAAAAGCAAAAUGAAAGCAAUGUUGCCCAUGUCAAGAACUCUGGAGGUAGAAAUGCUGGCAGUAUCACUGCUUGUUGUUUCUUAUCCGAAUUUGUUGAUUUUGAAAAGGUUCCAAAUUAUGCCCAUCUCGAUAUUGCUGGAACCAAUUCAGAUGCUAAGGGAAUUCACAAUGGUCGACCAACAAGAGCUCUUAUUGAAUAUGUAAGACUCUUACAAGAAGAAUAAACCCUUAUUAUUAUUAAUA